CAAAUCGGAGGGAGAAGACUCCGGUUUAGAAGUUACUCUCUGACAGAUGGCUAGAUUCCUCCUCCUCCUCCUCUGUUUCCUCUUCGCGGCGGCGCUGACGCCAUCACUAACAUCUGCCGGCGACGACAAUCAUGUCUACUCGCCUUGCUCAGAUUCCACCGUCGCGGUCGGCGACGGAUUCACUUUCGGAAUUGCCUUCGCGGCGAAAGACUCUUUCCUUGGCACCAACCGUUCCGUGCAGUACUCUCCCUGCGAUCGUCGCCGCCUCUCUCUCAACGGAAACUCUGAGCUGGCCGUGUUCAGACCUAAAGUCGAUGAGAUCACGCUCCUCACCAUCAAUACCUCUUCAAGUUCCUCUAGUUACCGCCCGGAUUCCUCAAAUGGGUAUAUGGUAGCGUUCGCUGGUGCAAAAUACGCUGCGAGAUCAGUUCCAAUUAUGGUUGCGGACAACGAUCACGUCGUCACAAGCUUCACCCUUGUUCUUGAGUUUCAAAAGGGCAGGCUUGAGAACUUGUUCUGGAAGAAAGACGGAUGCUCCAAAUGCACUGGAGACGCGAAGUUCGUGUGCCUCAACAAAGAAGAAUGCGCAAUCAAAAGACAAAGCUGCACGAACCAAGGAGGACAAGUAGAUUGUAGCUUGGGGAUCCAGUUGGCGUUUUCAGGCACGGAUAAGCAUUAUACCGCGUUGAACUCUUGGUACGAGGUUGCUAAUCUGAAGCAGUACUCGCUUUAUGGCCUCUACUCUAAUCUUAAGGAUUCACUAAGCAGCCAGUUCAGUAACAUCUUCUGAUGAGUUUCUUUCUCCUUUGUGUGUUGUUUACUUUUGUAACUUUGUAUUAUUUGUCUCCUGCUUUUGUGUGUUUAAUUCUUUGUCUCUUGCUCGCAUGAUUUUAUGCUAUAUAUAAUAUAUAUUCUGUAUUUUAUUACUUGGAUUGUAACUUUUCAUGAAAGUUAAUAGUCAGAUAUAUACUUGGAAGUUGAA